UAUGCCCUGUGGCAGUGUGAACAAAGCUUAAUUUGCAAACAACUUUUUCCCAAUUACUUUAUUUACAGAGGACUUCAUUAGCCCAUUUCCCCCUUUUCUUUUUCUUGUUUCAUGCAAAUUAAAAGGUAUAACAAAAGAAAAUUAGUGUUGGCUUGGCUUUUGCAUUCUAGCAGGAGAUUGACGUGGUUGGGUGUCUUGGAUGCUAGAAAACCGAGAACAGCUUGUCUUGUUUCUCCCUAGUUUCACGUUUCAAAGACUGAGCUGUGGUGGAAAGGAUGGAAAUGUACUGAAAAAAGUGAUCAUCUUUAGUCAAUAGUUCUCUCUCCCAAAAAUUCCCGUUCCUCUUAUUGGAAUGUGCAAAAGAAGCAUAUUUCCAAGAUCUGCCUCUUCAAAACGGGUAAUUCAUUUGUUUCAAGGAAAAAAAAUGUAGUAGUACUACUAGCUAAAUUUCACUUUACAAGAAAGGGGGGAAAUAUCUGAUUUAUUACUAUUAAUUAGAUAGUCAAAUAUCCAUAAUCCAUGUUGUCUAUCCUUCUACUAUCUUUUUCCUUCAUUUUUCAUCUUUUUUGUUUUCUUUGUUAUCCUUUUACCCACAUUUUCGUUGCUUUUACUACCCUUAGCAUUCCAACAACAUAAUACAGCCAAUUAAAACAAAAAAAUCUACUUGAACAAGAUAAAGGUGCAGAGUAAGCAUACAAGCUAGGAGAUUCUAUCUUUCAAUUAAAUAGAAAAAGCGCAUUCAUUAUUGUCAAAUAUGAAACAGAUAGAGAUGGGGGGUAACCUUGAAGCUUAGAGUUGUUUUAAGCUUGUAGUUCUAGCCAAGGUGACUCUCCUUUGCUAUGCUGUCAGACUGCCAUCUGUAACAAUUACCUUCCAAGUGUCUCUGAUCUUUCAGACACCUCCCGAGUUCACAACAUAGAACCAUGCCAAAUGAACCACCACGUGUACAUUCACGUGUCAACAUCUAGCCCAGUGUCAACGCCCCCCAAGACUCCAAUACAACAGGCAAUCCCCUCUAUAUAUUCUCUGUACAGAGGUUGCCCCGAAAACACCAAAGAGUGACAAGAAUCCUGACAGUACCGAAUUGUAUUGCUCGAAAUACAGUCAAGAGCAGUGUUUUCAUUGGCCGAAGAUGAGCCAGGGACAGUCAAGGAGGCCUCAAGCAGGAGAUCAACGUGAGAGCCAACCCAUCAAAUACGAAGAUGUUUUUAACGGAACAGGUGAGCUCGCCAACAAGCCUAUUGUACCUCAAGAUGCAGCCAUGAUGCAGGCAGCUGAAACCGGGGUGCUAGGGCACAAUGAUAUCACAGACAUGGCCGGAGAUCAAGUCGUCAGCUUCUCUGAAACAGAUGUUUCAGGCCGCCGUAUAAUCACAGAAUCAGUUGCUGGACAGGUUGUUGGACAAUAUGUUCAAGCCACGCCAGUUCCGACAACUCAAAUUGGGGUUAUUCAGCAAACUGCAAUAACAAUAGGGGAAGCUCUUGAAGCGACGGCCCAAACAACCCGUGAUAAACCUGUUGAUCAAAGCGAUGCGGCAGCAAUUCAAGCAGCAGAGGUGAGAGCAACAGGUUCAAACGUUAUAAUCCCAGGUGGACUCGCAGCUACAGCUCAGUCUGCGGCGGCUCAGAAUGCUUCCGUGAACCGCAAUGAGGAAAAGAUCCGUCUCAAUGAAGUUUUAACGGGUGCGACUGCGAAGUUGCCAGCGGAUAAGGCAGUGACAAGGCAGGAUGAUGAAGGAGUAGUGAGUGCAGAACUGAGAAACAAUCCGAAUGUAGCAACUCGUCCAGGUGCAGUAGCCGCUUCUAUUGCUGCAGCUGCCAGGCUGAACGAGAACGUUAACAUUUAAUCACAGUUACAUAUAUAUAGUUAUUAUAGUCAUGAUGUUGGCCCGUGAAAAGUUUCGUCUGCACUUUAGCUUACAAAAUGGUACAUCUUUUUUGUAAAAUAUGAAACGAAUAAUGCAGAAACGUUUCCUUUUUUUGAGUCAAUGCUCCUAAAAUUUGCGACUU